CUCUGUUGCAGGUGCUGCCCCCCUGAGACAGGCUGGGGGCGAGCCGGGGUCCCCCCGCUCCCGGGAUGACCACGGCCGGCCGGGCAAACCCCUACAGCAUCGUGUCGUCGGAGGAGGACGGGCUGCGCCUGGUCACCAUGUCGGGCGCCAACGGCUUUGGCAACGGCAAGGUGCACACGCGGCGCCGGUGCCGGAACCGCUUCGUGAAGAAGAACGGCCAGUGCAACAUCGAGUUUGCCAACAUGGACGAGAAGUCACAGCGCUACCUGGCCGACAUGUUCACCACCUGUGUGGACAUCCGCUGGCGCUACAUGCUGCUCCUCUUCUCGCUGGCCUUCCUUGCCUCCUGGCUGCUCUUCGGCAUCAUCUUCUGGGUCAUCGCUGUGGCCCACGGCGAUCUGGAGCCGGCGGAGGGCCGUGGCCGCACGCCCUGCGUGAUGCAGGUGCACGGCUUCAUGGCCGCCUUCCUCUUCUCCAUCGAGACGCAGACCACCAUCGGCUAUGGGCUGCGCUGCGUGACGGAGGAGUGCCCGGUGGCCGUCUUCAUGGUGGUGGCGCAGUCCAUCGUGGGCUGCAUCAUCGACUCCUUCAUGAUUGGCGCCAUCAUGGCCAAGAUGGCGCGGCCCAAGAAGCGGGCGCAGACUCUGCUGUUCAGCCACAACGCCGUGGUGGCGCUGCGCGACGGCAAGCUCUGCCUCAUGUGGCGUGUGGGCAACCUGCGUAAGAGCCACAUCGUGGAGGCCCACGUGCGCGCCCAGCUUAUCAAGCCGAGGGUCACAGAGGAGGGCGAGUACAUCCCGCUGGACCAGAUCGACAUCGACGUCGGCUUUGACAAGGGCCUCGACCGCAUCUUCCUGGUGUCACCCAUCACCAUCCUGCACGAGAUCGACGAGGCCAGCCCGCUGUUUGGCAUCAGCCGGCAGGACCUGGAGACGGACGACUUCGAGAUCGUGGUCAUCCUGGAGGGCAUGGUGGAGGCCACGGCCAUGACCACGCAGGCCCGAAGCUCCUACCUGGCCAACGAGAUUCUGUGGGGCCACCGCUUCGAGCCCGUCCUCUUCGAGGAGAAGAACCAGUACAAGAUCGACUACUCGCACUUCCACAAGACCUAUGAGGUGCCCUCCACGCCCCGCUGCAGCGCCAAGGACCUGGUGGAGAACAAGUUCCUGCUGCCCAGCACCAACUCCUUCUGCUACGAGAACGAGCUGGCCUUCCUGAGCCGUGACGAGGAGGAUGAGGCGGACGGGGACCAGGGCGGGCCCAGCCCCCAGGCUAGGCACGACUUUGACAGACCCCAGGCCGGCGUCAGUGGCGCCCUUGAGCAGCGGCCCUAUAGACGGGAGUCGGAGAUCUGAGCCGCCUUUGGCCACGGUGCAGCAUCCGCCCCGCCAGGGAGAGGCCUGGUGCCGUGAGGGCUCUGGGCCGGCGCAGAACGGGCCAGGCGCCCUGGUUGCAGACUCAGUAGUGCUCUAGAUGUUUUACGUUUCUUCACGAUGGCCUCGAAAGGUUGGCGGGAGUGGGUGGCCUGGGCGGGCGGCCCACAGCCUCAGAGGCCUGAGCAGGUGCAGGGGCAAGGCGGUGGCCUCCUGGGGCCAGGCCACAGGAGCCGGGCGCCUCUGCCUGGGGAUCGAGCUGCCGCCCCCCCGGGAACAGCACGACAGCCGCCAGCCUCUGUGGGCAAGGCUGGCGGGCUUCAGGGCACCUUGCUGGUUUUUAACUUGGGGAGAAACAUUGGGUUUUGACUUUCUCAACCUUAGCUUGAGUGAGGCUGUUUACAAAGAAAAAAAACUAAUGUGAUUGAAAAAAAUUUUUUAAUUCAUGGGGGUAAAAAAAGGACAGUUAGAAUUCCAUUGGUCUGCCGGGAGGCAAGCACCUAGAUGGAGGCUCCAGAAGGUUCUCGGAAGCGGGAUGGGCCUCUUCUUCACAAAGGCAGGGGUGAGCUGGUGGCGCAGCCCGCAGGGCAAGCACGGCGCUCAGCAGUGGUUCUUGUGCUCACGGCGGAUUAAACUCCGUCUGUGAUCGUAAAACCAAGACCACGUUAAUGAUGGAAAUGAAAGCUUUCCGGUGCCGUAGAUGUGGCGGGGUCAGGAAGAAACUGGUUUGAGCUUUUGAGUUUGACUUUGUACCUUAGAGGUGCCUCUCAGGACCGGAUGUGGGACCUGCCUGCCGGGGAGGGUCCGCCCUCCCCGCCCACCGGGCUCUCCUGCUUUGCUCCUCUCUCCUUCUCUGCCCCGUGGCCUCUACCCCUUCCACAGUGAGGGCAGCUGGGAAGUGUAGGGGUGGACGGCUCCGUGGGAGGGGAAGCUGGGUUCCCAGACGAGAAGGAAGAAAGUCAGCCCCUCCCCACGGGGCCCGGGCGCGAGUGGUGCCUUAGAGACCCCAGGGGUGAGGUUCCAGUUGUUUCUGUCUUUAUCGGACUCGCCCAUCCUCCCCACCGCCCCCAACUCCACCGUGAAGUUCCUGCGCCCCUCUGUCUGCAGAGGCCAGGCCGGCCGGGCACUUCUACUGCACCUGGGGCGGCACAGGGGAGCCGGGCAGGUGCAGAGAACCAUCCUAGGAGAGGCGUGGGAUUGUCAGUGAGGUGCUGGGAGGGACAUGCGUACAGGCACCCGAGUCAGGAAGAGGUCGGGGCUGCCCAGCGUGACCUUGUUCUUGGCAGAGGAGAUAGCUGGGGGGGAUGGACCCUGGGAUGGAGCUGGGGCCCCUCCCAGGACAGCUAAGAGUGUUGUCCUCCCAGUGACCAGGGCUGUCAGGAAGCUAGUGAUUAGAGAGCCCAUGUCUGCCCUGCCUGCCUGCCCAGGCUGGGCCACCCCGUACGCCUGAGAGAGCUCCCAGCCAGAAGGUGCUAGGGACUCUGGCUCAAGUGGGGAAACUGAGGCAGAGGGCAAGGUCACUCAGCGAGUGGGUGGGGCUCAGGAGGCAGAGGGGGGCCCAAGGCCAGGGCUGGGGGCUCCUGCCUCUUCCCUCUUGCUCCAGCCCUCACGGCAACUGGAGACCUGGCCGUGAGGUCGGGGGCCAGGGAGGGUCUGAGCACGGCUAUCAGUCCCCACCCAGAGACACCCUGCCUCCCGCACCCUGCCCUAGCCUCAGACCACACCCUCGUUUCUGGCCCAGCAGCUUCAGCCCAAGGCAGGUGGAGGAGGCAGCGGUUUGCUCUCAGGAUCCGCUGGAGGCAGCUGCCUGGGGGCUGGGGGUGGGUCCGUGUGGAGCACGUGCCCACCAUCCCUGCUCAGAGUGUCAAGCUGACCCAGGGAGGGAGGAUGGGGCCAGCAUGAGGACCCACGCUUCGCUCUGCCCAGCAGCCAGGGAUCCUUCAGGGCUGGGUGGGCCAGCCUUCCACUCACCCAUGCAGAGCAGAGCCCUGAGGCCCUGGACCCCCCAGGCCCUGGUGCACCCCCACUCAGGUCUGUCCCCUUCCCAGGCCCGCACCAGGUUCAGCCCCCAGACCCCGUGGGGAGCAGCCCUGAGCUGCCUUUUCUCUCUCACCAAAGGCAGAUGCUGCCUUCUCAAACUCUUCUGCCCUCUUUUGUCCUGCCUGGUAUUUAUUUAUUUAUUUAUUUAUUGCUUGUGCUGAAGACCAAAAUCCUCUUCCUCGUUAGUGCACUUGGGAGGGCGGAUGGGAGAGCCGAGUGUGUGCAGAGCGAGGAUCGCAUGGUCCUUGGGGAGUGCGUGUGGAGGCGUGUGCCUGAGUGUGUGCCCGUGUGUGGAGUGACUGUGUGGUAUGACGUGUGCAGUGUGUGUGCCGAGCACAGGUGAGUGUGGACCACUCGUGCACAUGGGCGUGCAUGUGGCGUGAGGCAGGUGAGUAUGUGUGCACCUGUGCACGUGGCGGUGGUCUGUGUGCCAGGCAGGCGGCGUGUGACCUGCUCCUGCCCUCGCCCCCAGGCAAUGGAAUUUCCAAGCAGUGUCUCGACAGCCUGAAGCAGGAGGCACGGAGGUUGGAGUUGGCCAAGGACGUGGUGACUGGUGCCCUCCAGCCGGAGACACCGAGCUGCUCCUGUGGGAAAGGGGCCAUGUGGCAGAAGUGUGAGCAUGAGUGUGUGAGCACCAAGUGUGUGGAAUCGCCAUCUCUGUGUGAGUGAAAUGUGUGCAAUUACGGCUUUACCUGUAUGUGCACGUGCCUGUGGAUUCAUCAUCCAUGGGGGUGUGUACAGAUGUGUGCACACAAUGGUCUCUAUAUAUGUGUGAGUCUGGGCUGAUCGUAUGUAUAUGUAAUAUGUACAUGUGUGUUCACACACGCACAGUUACAGGUGUGUUUGUGUGUGUGUGGUAUAUGCGGGCAUUGGUUUAAAUGUUUACCAGGCUGUGAGGCUGGACACACACACUCAGGAUAGACACCGGCUGUGGGCCUUGGCACAGCCGAACCCAGUAGUCCCACUGGCCCUCUGCCCUGGUCCCGUCCCUGUGGGCAUGCAUGGAGCCCAUGUGCCGGGACGGGGCUUCCACACGCCGUGAGGACACAGCGUCCAAGGUGAGUGCUUGCACACAGACUGCGUGUAGGAGGCCGCGCGCGCACGUGUGUGUGUGUCCCGUGAACACGGAUGUCUCUGUGGUGCAUUCAGGUGGCAGCCAUGCCAGGCCCCGUGAGCAGGGCUGGCGUCUGCUUCCUGGGGCAGUGUGUGUGCAUGUGAGCGUGUGCUGUCUCAGGGUGUGUACAUGGGAUGUCAGUGGGGGUGGUGUGUCGUGUGCACACCCGCGCGUGCCUUCCGGCCGCCCCUGUGCCCACUGGUGCUGUGGCGCCGUCCCUGCCCCAAAGCAUCCUGGCCGGGCGAGGGCGGGGGGCCUGGUGGGAAGGAGGCCCCUGCAUAGGGGUGUCUGCCCUGCGUGAGGCCGUAGAAUGUCAAAUAUAUUUUAAAUGGGGAACCUGGAGAAUUUCCACGUUAUUUUCAAUACGUAGCGGUAUCUACAGACAUAGGCCAUGAGACUAGAUGACAUUAAAUGCAUUUUGAUCUCUUUGAGUGCCACUGUGUGCCGAUGUGUGUUUGCAAGUCCC